AUGGGUGAUGCAUCCUUCAACAAAUUGGAGAUUAUCCGGUUUUUAAAUGAAAACCGUAGUGAAGGAUGUACAAAACAGGCACUCAUUCAAGCGUUAAACAAUGAAAAAAUAGAUAUUCUUGGAUGGUUGCUAGCGAAUCGUACUGAAUGUACAAUCGAGUCAAUAGAGUUUGAUAUAAUCAAAAAAAUCGAAGCAUUUACACAAUUCAAGUUUCGUUCAUUGGAUUCUCAGAAAUAUUUCGAUACCUAUCGAUAA